AUGUGCUCGUCACUCACAUCCCUCUCCCGCUUUGGCCGGGGCUUUGGCCGGAGCUCGUCCUCUUCCGCCAAAGCGAUCGCCAUCCCUCCCGUCGAGGUCCAUGACGUGGAAACCUCGGUGGACAAACGAGCGCGGACUGUCAAGCACCUGCUGAGACUGAACCAUGCGAACUAUUCUAUUCUGUUCAAUCAUUUGAGGUUUCACAACCACACGCCUCAUAUCCUCGGUUCUGCGUAUCUCUUCUCGGCGUCCGCGGACCAAUUAUUCGCCAUCUACGACGACGCCGCUGCACACGAAGGCCAUGAACCCUGGGUUGAUUCGCCCUCGGAGAUCGCCCUGCACGACUACCGCGACUAUCUGGGCAAGCGUGAAUACCAGCGCGCGUUCGUCGACUUCUUUGAGGACCAGCUCGUGCUAGCUGGGUACGACUGGAAAUGCGUGGUUGAGAAGUUUCUGUUCGAGAGGGGAAACCCAAAAAAGGACGAGCCAAACGUGGAGCCGAUCUUCAACUGCUUGACCGCUGGACUGGGCCAUCCGUUGAUCCAUCUCGGGUAUGCGUAUGAGCUGAAUAGCAGGGAAGUGGCGAUGGAGGCGCUGGGGCUUGCGGCGACCUGCUACGACGUGACACUCGCAAAGCUGCUCGAGACGGCGACACCGGCGUCGCAUUCGGCGAAUCCGCUGACGUACUCGACGAAUAACCUGUUCGAGGUCUUUGCCAGGGUCCAUGGCGACAGCCGUCUCGACGGCGUGUUCAAGCACCCUGGCGGGGACAAUCUCUCACACCUGCUGAGCGACGAGGCGCUGACCUCGAUCCUGCUCGAACACUUUCACGCGUGGCGGAUCAUGGACCCGACGAAGGACUUCGCACAGUCCCAGGCGCUCGCGACAGCUCUACUGAUCGCCAGCGCGCCCAGCGUCGGCUGGACACACGGGUGGGACUUCUUCCUCGUGCACGUCCUGACGACAUCGCACGCCGUGCGGAUCCUGAUCCCCUUGCUCGACGCCAGCCACCACGUGCCCCUGGUGCGCGAAUGGCUCCUCAUCGCCCUGGCAAUCUACAUCGCCCAACUUCGACCCUUGAUCAAGAUCGACUACGUCACCGACGUCGACCUGCACGGCCGCGACUGGGACACCUACAUAACCCGCGAGGCCGUAGAGGGCAAGUGGAAGUUCAGCGCGCACUUCGUCAAGGCGUGCCGCGCGAUGCGCGAGGCCGAACGAGUCUGGGGCGGCGGUUACGCUGGUGACGACAAGUACUACCUCAAGGCCGCCGUCAAGUUUGCCAGCGAGUUCAAUGACUGGGGCGGGUUUGGGGUCGAGGAGGGCGACGGAGAGGCGAGGGACGCGGGCGGGGAGAGCGUCGGGGGGAAGGCUUGA